AUGUCCUCAGAAACGAAGCCUAUAAGCACUGAAGAGUUCAAGCUAGCACUCAGUGAUUUGACGAACGAGAAUAUUAAUUCCGUGUUGCUGCAAUUGGAAAGGUCCAUAAGCAAACUCAAAGAGACUAAUGAGUACCUCGAAAAGGAGAUCGAGCAGACGUCAGACCAAGAGAGCAUAGACCUCUACAAAGAGACCAUACUGGAGAAUGUUGAAGUUAUGAAAAACCAAAGUGCUCGUUUAGAUGCUAUAUCGGAGGAGUUGUCCAGACGUGGAGUGAAACCGUCGAAAGAGGAAGAACAAGAAGGCAUCUACUUGUGA